AUGGGGAACUGCCAGGCGGCGGAGGAGGCGACGGUGGUGGUGCAGCACCCGGGCGGGAGGGUGGAGCGGCUCUACUGGGCCACCAGCGCCGCCGAGGUCAUGCGCGCCAACCCGGGCCACUACGUCGCGCUCGUCACCCUCCGCGUCGCCGAGGACAGCCGCCGCCCGGCCGACCCGCAGCAACGGGGGCAGCGCGGCGGCGGCACGGUGCGGCUGACGCGGGUGAAGCUGCUCAAGCCCAGGGACACGCUGCAGCUCGGACACGCCUACCGCCUCAUCGCCAUCGCCGAGGUCGCCAAGGCCGUGCAGGCCAGGAAGGACGAGAAGGCAAGGUCUGCGCAGCGGCGGCAGCAGCAGCAGCUGGGAGGAUCGAAGCAGGCCGGCGGGGAGUCUGCUUCCACCGGUGACGACCAGGCGCUGAUGGACGAGGGUCUUGAUCAGCACCAAGACAAGGACAUCCACCACCGGAGCAACUCGGCAAAAAAUUCGAGGCAUCGCCAGUGGCGCCCUUCUCUGCACAGCAUCGCCGAAGUCAGUAGCUGAUGCUAGCUGAUUAGCCGAUGAAUGAUCUGUCUUUUAGAGUUCAUGUUCAUCUAGGUUCAAGUUCGACAGCUGGAUCAGUACUAUAGAAGAUGAGCAACUGGAACUUGGGACA